AGAAGCACAGCUGCACGCAUCAUACGUGAUUUGGAUGUGAAUUGCCAUUCAAUAGACAUGGCUAGCAGGUCUAUCUAUAUAAACCAUCGCCGAACAGACAGCAAAGUUUAGUCGGUCGAUCGUUUCAAUCGUGAAUAUAGGCUUCUCGACGGUGUUCUUCUGUGGAUGACGAGGAACUAUGACACUUUCAUGACGUUACCCCAGCAAGGACGAUUGCACGACGCUGAGGAGAUAAAUGUGACGCCACGGUAUACUUUGGAUAAUGAUAUAACCGAUUGUCGUUGUUCCCUGAAGAGCUUACGUUGAAUCGCACGCCAGGCGAGAUGUGGAUGUACGUUACCUUCCUAUUUGUUAUCUACGCCCUGUACACGUUGUGGGACUACGUGAGAAUCUACAGAUUUGUCUUCACCCUUAAUGGACCGAAAACCGUGCCUAUACUGGGCAACGCGAACGCUCUUCUCGAGAAAAACUUAAUGCAGAGGUUCGCGAACGAAAAGUCAGAUUACGGUCGCAUUUUCCGGAUAUGGGUGAUAUUCUUGCCGUAUGUCGUGCUAAUAGAACCGGAGGACAUCCAGGUAGUGCUCAGCAGCAUGAAGCACACACGCAAGGUAGGCUUCUACAGGCUGCUCAAUAAUUUCAUUGGCAAGGGUCUCAUCUCGCUGGAGGUCGACAAGUGGAAGGUGCACCGGAAAAUCUUGCAACCGGCGUUUCAUCUUCACGUACUCAAGAGUUUCAUAGCGACGUUCAGCGAGUGCGCCGAUCAUCUAGUCAACAAGCUGCUCGAGAGGAAUGGCGAGGAAGUGAAUCUCACAGUGUUCAUUAACAAUUCCGUCUACGACAUAUUGCUCGAGACCAUAUUGGGUAUAUCAGCAAGUCGAGGAGACAAUAACAGCAAGGCCGAUAUGCCGUUCGGAAAAGGCCAAUUUAUGGCGAUACAAAGAUUCGUGCGGCCGUGGCUGCUGAUCAACUGGAUCUACCGAUUGACGGAGGCCGGUAAAAUGGAGCAGCAGCAACAGAAGAAUCUCAUCAACUUCUGCUGCAGGAAGAUGAAGGAGAAACAGGAGUUUCUUCAGAAGAAUAGUUCCUUGAUAGUCGAAGAUGAGUCGGAUGCGCCGAUCAAGAAGAUAACCUUGCUCGAAUACAUGAUUAAGAUCAACGAGAAGAAUCCUUCCUUCAUCGAGCAGGACAUCAUUGAGGAAUGCUGCACCUUCAUGUUAGCCGGCAUGGAGUCUGUCAGCACCAGUACCGCGUUGACGCUCUUUCUGUUAGCGCUCAACCGCAAUUGGCAAGAGAGAUGUAUCGCCGAAUUGGACGAGAUCUUUGGGGACGACAGGAGAUCGCCCACCAUGCAGGAUUUGAAGGAGAUGAAGUGUCUGGAAAUGUGCAUCAAGGAGUCGUUGAGACUGUAUCCCAGUGUGCCGCUUUUCGCCAGGGUACUUGGAGAAGAUGUGAGAAUAGGGAAGCAAAUAAUACCAGCCGGUUGCGGUAUAUUUAUACUGCCGUAUUCCACGCAUCGCUUGCCUAAUCAUUUUCCCGAUCCCCAUGACUUCAAACCGGAACGCUUCAGUCCCGAGAACUCGAAAGGAAGACAUCCUUAUGCUUAUUUGCCUUUCAGCGCCGGACCUCGGGACUGUAUCGGACAAAAGUUCGCCAUACUCGAAAUGAAAUCGAUCAUCAGCGCUAUAUUGAGGAGGUGUCGACUGGAAUCGAUAUGCGGGAAGGAAGAAGUGAUACCCAAGUUUCGAAUGACAAUUAGAGUACAUGGUGGACUCUGGGUCAAAGUAAAACCGCGCGAUGAAUGCAACUAUUAGCGAAACGCAGCUAUUAGCUUGAUGAGCCAACUAUAAUUUUGCGCCCUGUAAAUAGAUAAUAAUUAUAUUGUACAUUGAGAGGAAUAAAA